CUCAAAUCCCACUAGAGUCUACAACUUUGAGGAGGGAGCAUUCCGUUGUGAUGCACAUAUGGCAUCUCAAUUGCCCAUCCAUCCAUCCACGAUGGACUUGUUUCAGUUUUACUGCAAAAAGUGGUUUCAUGAUCUCCACUCAGUGUAUCUCUCCAUCAAAAUUGCGACAUCACAAUUCAUAGAGUUGGGGUUAUCGCAUAUGAAUCGAUUCCCCUUCAUUGUUACAAUCGUUGAUGCCAUGAUAUCCCUCUACUACCGGUCCUGUGGUUUGUCACCGUGCACCGUCGACUUAGAUGAUCACACCACCAUGCACUAUUGGACCGCCAACCACAGGCAGUUCAACAAACCAGUCCUAGUCUUAAUCCAUGGCUACGGUAGCACUUCCACAUGGCAGUUCAUUCGCCAAGUGGGCCAACUGUCAGAAAGUUUCAAUUUGCACAUACCAGACCUGUUGUUCUUUGGCAAGUCCUACUCAAAACGGUCGGACCGGACAGUAGAGUUUCAAGCGGCUUGUGUGGGUCAAGGGUUGAAGAGAUUGGGUGUGGAGAGGUUCUCGGUGUAUGCGCUUAGUUACGGGGGUUGGGUCGGGUAUCAGAUGGCUCAUAUUUAUCCAGAGAUGGUGGAGAAACUGGUGAUCGUCGGUAGUGGAAUAGGGUUUACAGAGGCGCAGAAACGAGAACAUCAGAUGGGGAGAAAAUGGACGGACAUGCUUUGUCCUGAGAAACCUGACGAUAUGCGUUUCCUCACGGCUAUAACAAUCCACAAGUACACUAUUUCCAAGUGGGUCCCUGACUUCUUCCUAAGGGAAUUUCUCAUUG